AUGACGCUUCUUGUGCUGCAGGAGACGCCUGCUGGAUACGCUCUCUUCAAGGCCAAGGACAAGAAGCUGCUCGCAAAAGACGAUAUCGCAGAAUCACUCCAAAAUGUCGAAGCCGUCUGCAACCAAUUGAAGCUCAAGCAGUUCGCCAAAUUCGAUAGUGCUGCCGCUGCCCUCGAAGAAGCCGCCGCCCUCGUUGAAGGAAAAGUCACUCCACAGCUGGCAUCCCUGCUCGACACCGUCAAAGAUGAGAAGAAGCUUAGCCUCGCCGUGGCCGACCCGAAGUUGGGCAAUGCUAUCGGCAAGCUUCCUGGCCUCGACAUCAAGCCUGUGGCCGACUCGACGACCGCCGACCUCUAUCGCGCCAUUCGAGAACACAUCUACUCCCUCGUACCACAACUCGCGCCCGAAGACUCGAAGCAAUUAUCGCUAGGUCUAUCACAUUCGCUCGCACGUCACAAGCUCAAAUUCUCCGCUGACAAGAUUGACGUUAUGAUCAUUCAAGCCAUUGGCCUCCUCGAUGACCUCGACAAGGAACUCAACACAUACGCCAUGCGAGUAAAGGAAUGGUACGGCUGGCACUUCCCAGAAAUGGCCAAGAUCUUGAACGACAACCUGGCAUAUGCAAAGGUCGUGCUGAAGAUGGGCAUGCGAGAGAAUUUCGAGAAGACAGAUCUUGCAGACAUCCUUCCGGAAGAGAUCGAACAGGCCGUCAAGAUGGCCGCAGACAAGUCCAUGGGUACCGAAAUCACAGAUGAGGAUCUUGAGAAUAUCCAGAGCCUGGCUGAACAGGUCGUAUCAUUCACCGAAUACCGAACACAACUAGCCAGCUACCUAACAGCUCGAAUGACGGCAAUCGCGCCCAAUUUGACUGCUCUCGUUGGCGAUCUGGUCGGUGCCCGCCUCAUUGCCCACGCUGGGAGCUUAAUGUCACUAUCGAAGAAUCCUGCUAGUACCAUUCAGAUUCUCGGAGCAGAGAAGGCUCUCUUCCGAGCUCUCAAGACCAAGCAUGAUACACCCAAAUAUGGUCUCAUCUAUCACUCGUCUCUGAUCGGACAAGCCACCGGCAAGAAUAAGGGCAAGAUGGCGAGAGUGCUCGCUGCGAAAGCCGCUCUUGGACUGCGUGUCGAUGCACUGCAUGAGUGGGACGAAGGUGAAGAAGUAGGUGAGGAGGAGAAGGCUGCACUCGGCACAGACGCGCGUGCUUAUCUCGAGCGCAAACUGUCAGCCAUCGAGGGUCGGCCGCUGAGACCCAAGGGUGUCGCUAUCGCGCCGGAUGGAACUGCCACCACCACUCAACCAAAGAAGUGGGACAUCAAGGAAGCUAAGAAGUACAAUGCUGAUGCUGAUGCACUGGACGGUACAGAAGACGCUGCGACCAAGCCCAAGAAGGACAAGUCGAAAGGCAAGAAGCUGAUUGAGGAAAUCGAGGACACACAUAUGACCAACGGCGUCGACACAGACUCAGCAGAGUCACAACCCGAUGAGCCCAUCAAUCCUGUGGAAGAGGCUGCCAUUGUCCCAUCAGACGACAAAGCUGCGCGGAAAGCUGAGAAGCGGAAGAAGAAGGAAGAGAAGCUGCUCAGAAAGCUCGAGCGACAGUCGAAGCGAGAGUCUAAGUUGGCUCCCGAAGUCGACAUCGAAGCAGCAGCCGCCAAGGCAGGCAUGAGUGCGAAGAAGUUGCAGAAGAAGCUCGACAAGGGCGAGAUGGUCAUCAACGGCAACGGCGAGGCUGUCAAGAAGGGAGGCGACGCGGCGCCAGUCACUAACGGCACAAAUGGUGCAAGCGAGAAGAAGCGGAAGCGGGAAGAGGAAGACGUCACAUCAAAAGCCGAGAAAAAGAAGAAAAAGUCAAAGGCUUGA